UUCGCCAUGAAAUUUAAGGACAUAAAUGAAAAAAAAAAUGACGAGCUAGAGAAUAGUGUCGCCCCGACUGUCAUGCCCGUAAGAGGAGGAAGACUCGCCCCUAGCUCUCCUGUCUCAGAGUCUAAAUAGCGGUUAUAGGGAUAUUUCCUUGUAAACCUUUCUUUCUUCACCUCCUUUCAUGGCUUCUCCACCUCUCCUCAUUCUUUGUUUCCUCAUGUUUUCAGCCGAGAUGAGUGCUGCAACUGCAAACAACAUCACAGACGAUGCUGAUACUGGGAUGGACAGGGGCGAGCUCUUGGGGCUAUUUGAGGUUAUGGGUGACCUUCUAGAGGAUCCCAACUGGGCCCAACUGCAUCCAAACCCAUGUACUGACACCCCAUGGCCAGGUAUCCAGUGUGAGAUUGGCCAGGACUUACCCCUUCUUCAUGUAACUAAGAUACAUGUAGGACCAGAUGUUGUCACCCCACCCUGCAAAACCUCACCCAAACUAUCCAAAUCCCUUCUGAAGCUGCCUUAUCUCAACACCCUGUCCAUAUUCAACUGUUUUCUUACUGCAACAAUCACUCUUUCUCCAUCCCUGUUUGGCUUAUUCUCUUCCUUGGAGCAGUUGGUUUUCAAGUUUAACCCAGGUCUCUCAGGGGAGAUUCCUCCCACUUUAGCAGACGUUGCAAGCUUAAGAGUUCUGAGCUUGUCCCAGAACAGCCUACAAGGAGGGAUACCAAAGGAGCUUGGUCGGUUGGGUAACUUGGAGCAGCUUGACCUCAGUUACAAUAAUCUCAGUGGUGAGAUCCCUGAAGAGAUUGGAGGCUUGCAGGAAUUGACCAUCCUAGACUUGAGCUGGAAUAGUCUGCAAGGGAAGAUGCCUUGUUCUUUGGGUCAGCUUCAAUCUCUCCAAAAGAUUGACUUGGGCUCUAACAAGCUUGCUGGCAGGAUACCUCCAGAUUUAGGCAAUUUAAAGAGACUGGUUUUGCUGGAUUUGAACCACAACUAUUUAACAGGUCCAAUCCCAGAGACACUGUCAGGUUUGGAGGAGAUACAAUACUUCCUGGUGGAAGGCAACCCCAUAGAGACAGAGAUACCUUUGUUUGUAGGGGCUCUUAGCAAGCUCACAGUGUUGAGCCUUUCAGGUUGUGGGUUCAUGGGUCCAAUACCAUCCACUUUUUCUUCACUAAAACAUCUCAUUGCAUUGUCUCUAGAUAACAACAGGCUCAAUGGCACUGUCCCACAAGAUUUAGGGACACUUCCCAAUCUUAAUCAGCUAAACUUGAGCCAAAAUAUGCUCAGUGGGGAGCUAUUGCUCCCAGAAGAUUUCGUUAACAGGCUUGGGAAGAGAUUGGAUGUUAGAGGAAACAGUGGGCUAUGUACAAAGCAACGACUCUAUGACAAGAACAUUUCAUUGUAUCUAGACACCCCUGCAUGUUUGAGUUCAACAAGUUCUAGCAACAGCUCUUGGUCCCAAGAACAGCCAGAUGAUGAUAAGAGAUUGAAACCAUCAUGGUACCAUGGAAAGGAGCAUUGAGGAGGGAAUAUAGCAAAUCCAUAUACGUUGCACGCUCUUAAGAUUUGCCGAUUAAGUUGUUUCAGGGCACAGAGCAGGUACUCUUUUGUCCCCUUGGAUCAGCAAUCCCAUCAACUUUAGUUUCGAUGUGGUCUAUUCCUAAAUAUUUACAGUCCAUGUCAUUCACCGUCAGAAAUGUGGUAAUUCCUCAUGGGGACACCGGACACUACAGGUUUCCAGAGAGAGAGAGAGAGGUCUUCGGUUAAAUGCUAAUCUUAGGCUCUUAGCAUCAUUUUAAUGCACUUUUCAUGCACCACAUGGCCCACACAUCCAUGUAAUGUAUGUUCUACUUCUAUAUAUUCACCAGCGAGUAAA